CGCGGUGCACGACGGAACAAUCUAUAACUGCCAUUGGGCGCCGUGCGCACCUUUUUACUCCAGCGGCGCCUGACGGCGCAACACGGAAGUGAAAUGGCGGCGGCAGCGGCGCCGGGAGGUGGGGGAAGCGACGGUUUCCAGACUGCUGCUCACCGGAGGUUGCGAAUCCUUUCGGGUCACCUGCGCAGCGCUUCGGAGACUUACCUGUCAGCCAGCCAGUGCCGAGGGCGAACCGUCGCGACGCCGGAAGGAUCUCAGUCAGGCACCUUCCCCAAGAGACGGCAAGAAAUUUUAAAAUGGAAUGGAUGGGGAUACAAUGACUCAAAAUUCAUUUUCAAUAAGAAGGGGCAAGGAGAAUUCACUGGAAAAAGGUACCGGAUAGGCGGACUGAUAUUCCCACUUUUGAAAGACUGGGUAGAGAAAAAUCUUGGUGGAAGUCUGGAACAUAAAACUACUCCUAAAGCAUCCUUAAAUAUCAGUGAUGUACCUCCCUCCAUUGCAAGUGAAGAAUUUCUCCAGGACCUCCAAAAUGCUAAAAUUUCAUAUACACAGGAAGCAGAAUCUAGAUUAUUUAGAGCCCAUGGUCAUUGCCUACAUGAGAUUUUUUUGCUCAGGGAAGGAAUGUUUAAGCGGGUUCCUGAUGUAGUGGUAUGGCCAGAAUGCCAUGAUGAUGUAGUUAAAAUUGUGGAAAUAGCCUGCAAGCAUAAUAUUUGUAUAAUACCCUAUGGUGGAGGCACAAGCGUUACCAGCGCACUUGAGUGUCCUGCUGAUGAAAAAAGAACUAUUGUUUCACUUGACACUUCACAAAUGAACAGGAUUCACUGGAUAGAUGAGAAAAAUUUAACUGCUCACGUUGAUGCUGGCAUUGUUGGCCAAGACUUGGAAAGACAGCUUGGCGAAAGUGGUUAUUGUACAGGCCAUGAACCAGAUUCAAUAGAAUUUAGUACUCUUGGAGGAUGGGUAGCUACCCGAGCAUCAGGCAUGAAGAAAAAUAUUUAUGGAAAUAUUGAAGAUCUGGUGGUUCAUAUAAAAAUGGUAACACCCAGAGGCGUAAUACAAAAAAGCUGUCAAGGACCACGCAUGUCAACAGGACCUGACAUUCAUCAUUUCAUUUUGGGAUCUGAAGGAAUCCUUGGAGUGAUAACAGAAGUUACAAUAAAAAUUCGACCAGUCCCUGAAUACCAAAAGUACGGCUCUGUAGUAUUUCCAAACUUUGAGAAAGGGGUGGCCUGCUUAAGAGAAGUAGCAAAGCAGCGAUGUGCUCCUGCAUCCAUUCGCCUGAUGGACAAUGCACAGUUUCAGUUCGGAUAUGCUCUUAAGCCACAGGUUGCUUCUAUUUUUACAUCACUAUUGGAUGGAUUGAAAAAAUUUUACAUCACAAAGUUCAAAGGAUUUGAUCCCAAUGUAUUAUGUGUUGCUACGUUGGUUUUUGAGGGUAGCAGAGAGAAAGUUCUCCAGCACGAAAAGCAAGUUUAUGAUAUUGCUGCAAAAUUUGGUGGUCUUGCAGCUGGAGAAGACAAUGGACAAAGAGGCUAUAUGCUGACAUUUAUCAUUGCUUACCUUAGGGACUUUGGCAUGGAUUAUUAUUUAAUAGGAGAAUCAUUUGAAACAUCUGUUCCUUGGGAUAGGACUGUUGAUCUGUGCAAAAAUGUAAAGGAAAGAAUAGCAAGAGAAUGCAAAGAAAAAGGUGUUCAGUUUCCACCAUUUGCUACCUGUCGAGUGACACAGAUGUAUGAUUCCGGUGCAUGUGUCUAUUUCUAUCUGGGCUUUAACUACAGAGGAAUUAGUGACCCUGUUCGGGUUUAUGAAGAAAUAGAGACAGCAGCUAGAGAAGAAAUCCUUGCUAAUGGGGGAAGUUUGUCACAUCAUCAUGGAGUGGGCAAGUUACGAAAACAGUGGCUGAAAGAAUGUGUAUCUGACGUUGGCUUUGGGAUGCUGAAAUCCAUCAAACAAUUUGUGGACCCCAAUAACAUCUUUGGGAGUGGAAACCUUUUAUAAGCUUCUUACUCUCCACAGUGAAGUUGCACAGAAUGAUAUGCUUUGGGGAUAUGUUUCAUACCUUUAUAGAUAAAUAGAUAAGGAGUAUUCAAAUCAUGAAGUAUAAUCGUGUCAUGUUGGUACUGUCCUAUCAAAGUAAUUGUGAAGUCACAAAGGUGGACAGGCUUUUGGAGAAAGACACAAUGCAGAUUACUGUGAACAUUGUAAAUUGCUUUACUUAUGCCUAUUUUGCUAAACCUUUUUUUAAUUGUUAAAUUGUUCAGAAUAUUAGCAGGAGCACUUGUAAAAUAAGCACUAGCUGAAUGCUAAUUUUAAAAAGUGAUGUUCAUUAAAAAGUCUGAAAGACGCCAAAUAAAAAGUUGUUGCUUAUCUUUUCAUGGCAUACCAGCAUUAAAAAUCGUGAAGGCUAUGUUGGCAUAUGGCAUAUUUAAUUUUUCUCUAAUGCUGCAUUGUAACGCCUUGCUGCCGUUUCAUGAAAAUCCAAUACUCGUAGAGUCAAAAUGAUUAACUGAUGAAGUUGCAGUACUUUUCACCAGACAUUCAAAAGUACACUACCAUGCAGAUGCCAAGAGGGUAGGGAAGCUCAGAAGCCUCUUCUGUCAUGGAGCAAGACUGCUGGAAAUGAAAUAGAAGCAUGCGUGGUGCCGCGCUUUUGAGGUCCUAGUCAUAAAAUGAACUCUACCCAGCAGGUGCUCUUGCAAAAUAAUGAAAAUCAAUGUUUUAAACGUGACAAGACGUUCAAUAAAUUUUUACAAUGUUGUAGUAACUACUCAGGACUGCUCAUGAAGGAGAAGAGUGAGCCUGCAAAGGGCCCUGCUGCUUUCAGACUUGUCCCAGCCUGUUGGGGGCUUUCCCCAGGCAUGCUCAGUGAGGAACGUAUAGGCCCUGUUGCAGGCUGCACCACAUGUCUCUGAUAGAUUUCAAAGUAUUUGGUGUUACGAGAGUUGCAAGAAAAAAGUCCAUUUUUGAUAUGCCAUAAGCAAUUUUUUGGAUUCUGCCUGAAGAACAGGCAAUUUUACAGGAUCAGCUUUAUAUUGGUUAAAAUGUUUUCAGUGCCACCCCGAUAGAACAAGUUUUAAAUCACUGUUGACCAUUCACAGUGUUCUCAGUGUGGUUUGCUUCCAUUUCAUAGCAAGUAAUGAGACCCAAAGAAUUAGAUAACGAUGUCCCAUGCAGAUAAAGGACCUUGGAUCAAACUGAUCCCCCACAUAAUGAGGCAAAUGGAGAGAUCUUUCAAAAGGAGUUUGUGAAGAAGAGGGACAAGUAGCAGAAGUGAACAAGAAGGAAUCAGCAUUCCACUGGCCAUGAGUGACGUUUGUGCCUGGAAUGUAAUUCUUUAGACCCAGAUUCAUAGGUUUUCAUACGGGGUGCAGGAAAGGAGUUGAAAUUCAGCUUUGUAAAAUGGAGUAUUGGCAUUUAGAUCUUCUUUCAAUGGGACAUAUUUGUGUACUGUUUCAGAAAGUUACACUGAAUUUAAGAACAAGAAUGGAGUUUUGUGGUUUUCUGUUUAGAAACCCGGUAACUUAGGAGUCAUUUGAUAUGAUGCGUGCCUGUUGUUUUGUGGACUAAACUGUUAUGUUAAGUGCAUCUCUGCAUUUGCGUUAUAGUGGUGGUUUUUUAUAUAGCAGUUGGGUGAUUAGUUCGGGUCUGGAUCAUGGCAUAAAUGGGAGGAGGGCCGCUUUUUCUUUCAGCCAACUUUCUUGAUUCAGAUUGAAGCCUCACAUGGGUUCCAAUAAAAAAGUUUAAAAGCACAUCCAUAGGUACAUUUAACAUAACAUUUUUGGGCUACACAUCAAAUUAAAAAGUUAAUUCACUAUAUUACUAGCUAAUGAAAUUCUGCUAAUUAUGUAAGAACAUGUUGAUCAUGUAUUGAUAAGUUAAUUGUACAACCAAGGUUACAAUAUUGAGAUUAUAGUUGCUUAUUAAUAAAAUGGUCCUAAAUUUUCUCCAUAAGCUGAUUAAAUUAAUACAUUUUCAUAUGGCUUG